CCAAACAAGAUUAAAAAUUAUGGAUGGUUGUGGAAGGUCCUCACAUAACAGAAAUACAAACAAGUUUCCAAUUCCACCCUUAAUAAUCUCAUCAUGACCUCAUCAAUUGGCCUUUCACUCAUCCAAUUUAGGCUAACUAUCAUGGAUUCCACUUCUUCUUCUUCUCUCAAUGAGUUCUGUUACUUGCAAAACGGAGGAGGCUUAGAAGUUGCUUUAAUGGAGAAUGCUGCUUCUUUUCUAGCUCCACUGGCUUCCAACAAAACCUUUGUUUCUGCUAUCUUUGCCUUGUUUGUCACGCAAUCCACCAAAGUUUUCUUUCAUUACUUUGAGGAGAGGCGUUGGAAUUUCAGACUCAUGUUUUCUCCUCAAGGAAUUCCUUCUAGUCGCUCCGCAAUGUGUUCUGCACUCACCACUUCCGUUGCUCUCUCUCAUGGCGUUGCCUAUCCACUCUUUCCCAUUUCUUUGGGAUUCAGUCUCAUUGUCAUGUCUGAUUCUGUUUCUGUUACAAGACAGGUUGGCUACCAAGCUUUGGUGCUUAAUAAGCUUCUUCUUGAAGUGUCUGGAGGGGUUCCAAUUCUUGAUGAGGACCUUGAAGAAGAUGUUGGUCACACCGUACCUCAAGUCUUAACUAGUGCACUGCUUGGUUCUACAGUUGCCAUUUUAUGCUCUUUAACUUUCGUGUUUCUGAGGCGUUAGUUAGGUGCAAACUCUAUUAUUCAUGCUCCAUUUUAUGCUCUCUAGUGUCUUAAAUUGAAAAACAUAUAUUUUGCUCUUCAUUCUGUUUUGUUACACUUUUCUUGAUCAAACUGUAUUCUCUUAUAAUGUGAUUGCUCUAUCUACUUGGUUGUUUAAUAGCAUGUUUAUGCUGUCAAGGAUAAUAUAAAGGGAAAUGAUGCAGUCGAAUGGUGCAUAUACUCAAUGUAUUGGAAGCAUUUUGCAUUGAAAUCGAAUGGUGCACAUUUAAAAUUAGAUGGCUGAAAUGAUCUAUUUUACUGUAACACAUUCUAUUUGAUCUAAACAUAAGACAAUUUGUCAAGCAAGUUGAAAGCAAUCAAAAUCAAAACAUGUUACAAGUUUUGUUUUUUCUCUUUACAUAU